AUGUCGCAACAACUCCAGCCUACCAAUGGCAUCCAUGAAUUCAAGAAGCGGAUGAAAUCGUUCACAAAAAUUCCAUUCCGCUUGAAAGACCUCGAGCCACAAGCCGAAGAAUCACGACUAUGCGACUACUGUUCUAAACUCAAAUUCGAGGUUGACUCAUUCGUCGUGAGGUCGCAGGAUAGGCAGUUCAGGCGAUCAGACGAGAAGCCGACGCAGAUCGACACUUCCCAUAUUGGUGGUCUAGCUGCUGAGUCGUUUGUCAAGCAAGAGCAAAGGAAGAAGAAUUUUGAAAACAUCCCACGAUAUCUUGGGAGGCUGUCAAACAUACGUCGCAAAAAGUACUGCCCCUUCUGUCGUCUUGUGCUCGAGAUUUCAGAUCGGCCACUCGAUCAGCGUGCACCCAGCCAGUCGCGGAGUGAGGAUGCCGCCGUAUACGCGAAAUGGGUAAUUGACGGACAAGAAGAAAUCUUCAUUGACCAGGCUGGGCCCGAGCAACAAUAUGUCCCUCGAACGAGAAGGGUACUGAUAUACAGUGAACCUCAGGCCUUUAAAGAUGGCUAUGUUGCGUUGCUUAAUGAAAGCGCGCCUUUCAAGGAGUUCUUUGGCCGUCGGUUGAAAUCUCAUGACCUGCUUGAACCUGACGUUCUCCAGAGCUGGAUCAGGACGUGUGAGAAUGCACAUGGACAGGAGUGCGAGGCUUCACUGGUUCACCCAGACCUUAUGCUAUCUCCUAAGAAUGUUCUUAGAGCCAUCGAUGUCGACAAUAUGUGUGUUGCUGAGGUGCCACCACAUGCUCGCUUCAUUGCACUUAGCUAUCUUUGGGGCAAGAACUUUGAGCAGUUAUUCACAACCAGCGAGAGUUUGCCUCGCUUGUCUAAGCCAGGAGCGCUCCUCAAAGAGCGCUUACCGAGGACCAUUAAAGACACAAUCAAAUUGACUCGUAUGCUCGGAGAGAGAUACCUCUGGACUGACAGCCUGGCUCUCAUACACGAUACAGGCUUUCAGUAUCACGACGACUGGAUAUAUGCACGAGCACACUUGACUAUAGUUGCUGGCUCAGGAAAGGACGCGAACGCUGGCCUGCCUGGUGUAAGGGAAGACUCUCGAAUGUGGCAUCAAACCAUCGAAGAGGUCGUGCCUGGCGUCAAAUUAAUGGUCUCGCACUUGGCUGAAGAUUACAUCGCAACCUCACAAUGGGAUUCAAGAGCGUGGACUUUUCAGGAAAGAAUGCUAUCUCGUCGCUGUCUGCUCUUUGUCAAUGGUCGAGUGUACUUUCAAUGUCGCAGGGCAACAUUCUGCGAAGACAUGGAAAUGCCAAGUCCGAAUGGCUGGUCACUCGAUUCAAUCGACAUGCCGACCAGGAUCUUUCGGGAAAAGCCCUUUGUACAAUUUACUUCAGCUGUAGAGUUGUACACACGGCGAGAUCUGACGAACGCAGCGGACAUUCUCGAGGCCUUUGGCGGAGUCGAGCAAGUGCUCGAGAAGCGACUCAAUGUAACCAUCUAUCAAGGUCUGUUCGAACAACUUAUGGACUCAUCUCUGAUAUGGGAGUCCUCGAAAAGGCUGGUCCGGAGACAUGGCUUUCCAUCAUGGUCUUGGGCCGGCUGGAUGGGCGAGAUCCAAUGGAAGUUUACUGAAUCAGCUAAGAGCUGGAUACAAUGGCAUUACACGGAGGAUAGAGUCGAAGAGCAACACCAUUUUCCAGCUCAGCUCGUUUCAAGGAUAGAGCCUCCAGUACCAUGGCAACGUCAUCGCAGGCGAAUUGCCAGGAAGCUUGGCAACAACUCAAACGUGGCGCCUCUACUGCACUUCGACACGAUAGUCGCGUACUUCAGCUUGAUCCAUCCUCAACCAGUCCACAAGACUACUAUAUCACCCUUGCGGAAGAGAUUAACAGGUCCGAGUGCCCUGUCAACUGUUCGACCAGCACCAGCUGAUCCUGGCCUACUUCGGACCGGUAUAGCCGACAAGAACGGGCAGUGGUGUGGUACCAUAGAUCUGGACGAAGGAUGGCAGAUUCGAAUAGGCGUGCCCUUGAAGUUCCUAGUCAUGUCGAGGUUGAGCUGCUUUGCGGAGGAAGAGAUAUCACUGUGGAGGGAUUACCCUUUCUUUCCAGAUGCAGCGAUGGAAGAGAUUGAAAGAUUUGACUAUGGUGUUUAUAACGUCAUUUUGGUUAGUGAGCAGAAAGGUAUCUGCCACAGGGAGGGACUGGGAAGGAUAUUGAGCAGCGCACUUCAGAACGCACUGGAACCAGAACCAUGCUGGCAGGAUGUGUUACUUGGAUAA